CUCGCCGAGGAAUUUACUUGCCCGGGCGUUAAGCGGAUUCAUUAACCUUCCCGAUUAGCGAAGACUUUGACGAUUAGUGAGAUCCGUUUGACCGACACCAUGCAUCUUCGGUUCCCCUUACCGGCGGGCUACUUCGCCAGGUUCGACUUGCUACCGAACGAGGUGCAGAACUAUCGGUCUCUAGCCAGCGACAUCGUCCGUGAGACGAAGAGAGAUCUGGACCACUACAUCAAGGACGGACGCAACCUCAUCGACGCACACACGUGGAAACUCGCCAAGUCAAAGGAGCGACUGCACUGCUACCGGAAGCGCAGUACCCAACAUUCCGCGCACCAGCUUGGACUGUACGGCACCGCGGGUACAGACGGAAGUGGCACUGACUCGAUGGGCACAUACUCGGCACGGUCCCGACCGUCGAUGAGCGUCACGAGCUCUCAUAGUCGAUCGGGAUACGAAGACGGGGGCUCGUUGUCAGUGUCAACCCGCUCUUCUGACGAUGGUGAACCGAGUCGCAAGAGCAUUCAACCGGCAGUAAUAGGCUACGGUAUUGUGGACGGCACCGUGGACGACCUGGUGUACGGUCUGUACCAGUCCUCGACCAACGAGAUGAAGACCUUGUCGGCGUUUCUGGGCGAUGACUCGCUCAUCGACUGUGCAGCGCUGAAAACUAUCCGUCAGACGCGCUCAUCGUAUCUGGGACUCAAGUGGAAACUGUCCCGUACGGUCGGGGGUAACCGCGACUGCUGUUACAUGGAAUAUGUCGGCGUAUCUGAAGACGCCAACGGCCAGCGCUUCGGCUACCACGUACUGGAGUCUGUGGUAGUCCGCAACUGUCCUCAGUUCGACGACAACUCGAUCGUACGCACCAAUUUGUCCUUCUGCUACAUCUUCCGCCCAGGUAAGCUGGCUGACCAGGUCGAAGUGUUCAUGGAGGGCGCAUACGAUUCAUCGGCCGACGUGCUCACUGCUGGUGGUGUCGGAGACUACCGUACCGCGAUGGAUAUGCUCUUCAACCUCCCGUCAGCUAUGGUAGGAGCGGAAGCGAAGAAGAUCUCGGCUAUGGUAGCAAAACAGUCUGAUGCGCUGCGUGGCGCGAGUAGCAAGAACCAGAGCGGCAAUCACUGCUCCAUUUGCCGCGCCAAGUCCGGUUUGCUCUCUUCACACACGAACUGCCAGACUUGUGGCGCUGUUAUCUGUAGCAAAUGCCGCAUCCGGAAGGUGACAUUCUCUCGUCGAGGCAAGAUCAAAGUCUCGUGUUGCAAAAUGUGUUUGGUUAUGGUCAAGGACCAGUCACCAUUCGCUGGGGAACAGCUCGAGCAACAGCCAGCAAAGCCCAGGAAACCGCGUGAGGACAGUCGCAAUAGAAACGAUAGCACCAGCAGCAACACCAGACUCGACCUGAUCAACGCGUCAUUUCUACGGCUCGAAUGCUGCUAG